GAGAGACAGCCCUGCAUAGAGCUUGCUCGAGUAACAAAGUGGAGAGAUUGAUUCAGCUUCUCUCUUACCCUGGAACAGACAUUAAUGUUAAAGACUAUGCUGGCUGGACGCCUUUGCAUGAAGCCUGUAACCAUGGCAGCACAGUGUGUGUCCGCGAAAUUCUGCAGCGCUGUCCAAAGGUAGACCUGCUCAGUCAAGUGGACGGGAUGACUCCUUUGCAUGAUGCACUGUCAAAUGGACACACAGAAAUUGGCAAGCUGCUCCUUCAGCAUGGGGGACCAGCACUUCUACAGCAGAGGGACUCUUGUGGAAAGCUGCCACUGGAUUAUAUUGAGUCUGUACCAGUAAAGCAAGAACUUCUGAAUAUUGUUCAUCCAGAUGAAAACGUUGAAAGCUUCUGUGAACGCAUAGAACAAGAUUUGUGCAGUCAGCAGAAAGAGCUGUGGUUGAUUUUAUUUAAUAAGAUGCUGCUGAAUUUUUGUUCAGUUUAUAAUCUGGCUUCACCCUUUGUUUCAACUCUCGGAGACACAGCUUGUGCAAGU